CACCGCUGAGUUGCCAGGCGGCGCUGUAGGUUGUGUGGCAAAAGGAAGCGUGCUCUCUGCUUAAUAAACAGCUUUUUUUCGUGGCAAAAAAGUGAAUAAAUUGUGCAAAAAUACUGCAAAAUUGUCAAUUGGCAUCCCAUUGAGACGUAGUGUGUGGUGUUUUGUGCCAGAGUGCGAUAUUUUGGCGUGAAAAAGUGUCCAAAGUUGCCGCUGUGACAACUGAGGGGCCCCCAUUGUUUCAAUGGCGUCUGACGAUGAAAUUGAGUCGUUCACCGCCGAAGACGCCGAACGGCAGGAGUUCGAGGGCGGAGGCGGCGGUGAGGCGUCCGGGGACUCCGAUGAGGCUCUGGAAAAAGUGAGGAAUGACGAUGACGAUGACUACGAACCGGAGGACGGAAGGAAGAAGAAGAAGGGGAAGAAGCGAAAGUUGAAGAAUGAGCGUGGGAAGAAGAAGAAAAAGAAGAAGAAGAAUGAUAGUGCAGAUGAAAGUGAUUAUCAGCAUGAGGAGGCUGCAGCCGGAGAUUCGGACUAUUCGACACCAAAGCGUGGUCGGAAGAAGCGUGAAAGUGAGAAGCGUCAUGCGACAAAUCCACCAUCGAAUUCGGGAGCUUCGGGAUCAGGAGGAAUGCCGACGGUGGAGGAAGUUUGUGAAUCCUUUGACAUCACGGACAUUCCUAUUGAGUACACCGAAGCGGAUUUCCAGAAUCUUGUGACUUACAAGAUGUUCCAGAUGCACGUGAGACCGAUUCUGCAGAAGGAAAACCCAAGGGUGCCCAUGUCGAAGCUGAUGAUGCUUGUUGGGGCAAAAUGGAGGGAAUUCACGGAACUCAAUCCGAAUUUGCAGAGUGAGGAGGGGAGAGAAGAGGAGGAACCAGCACCACCAUCACCAGAGUAUCAGCCCAAGCCGAGUCGUAGUCGGGCUAAGGCUGAGAAGGCGGAAGAGUAUGUGGGUGAGGAGGAUGAGGAAGAAGAUGAGGAGGAGCAGAAGGUGAAGAAGAAACGUGGAAGAUCGGGUAACAGUAAGAAGGGGAAGAAAUCUUCGGGGAAGGUGCCGACGUUGAAGAUUAAAUUUGGCAAGAGACGCCAUGGGAGUUCCGAUGAUGAGGCUGAUGGAGGAUCAGGAGGUUCUGAGAGGGAUUCUGAUGUGGAAUUUGAGAAGAUGCUGCAGAAGUCAGAGGAACAGAGUCCGAAGCGUGUGGAGAAGGCUGAAGAGGGAGGAUCUGCUGAACCACCUGUUCCGGCUGUCCGGAAGAAGGCUAAAACGAAGAUUGGGAAUAAGUCCAAGAGGAAGGGCAAGAAGACUACCAAUCGUUUUCCGGAUGGCGAAGAGGGAGAGCAGGAGCAUCAGGAUUACUGUGAAGUUUGUCAGCAGGGCGGAGAAAUUAUUCUCUGUGACACUUGCCCACGAGCCUACCAUCUGGUCUGUCUGGAUCCGGAACUUGAGGAGGCGCCCGAGGGCAAGUGGUCGUGUCCCCACUGUGAGGCUGAUGGACCCGUGGAGCAGGAUGAGGAUGAACAUCAGGAGUUCUGCAGAGUGUGCAAAGAUGGUGGAGAACUUCUCUGCUGCGAUUCGUGCCCAUCGGCCUAUCACACUUUCUGUCUCAAUCCGCCCCUGUCGGAGAUUCCCGAUGGCGAUUGGAAGUGUCCCAGAUGCAGUUGCCCACCGCUCAAUGGGAAAGUGGCUAAGAUACUCACGUGGCGCUGGACUGAAGAAGAAGCUCCGUCGUCAGAGCCAAGUACUUCCAAGAAGUCACGCAGUGUGAGACGCCGGGAGUACUUUGUCAAGUGGCACGAGAGGAGUUACUGGCAUUGUGACUGGGUGUCGGAGCUCCAGCUGGAUGUCUAUCAUCCUCUCAUGUUCAGAUACUAUACGCGCAAGUAUGACAUGGAGGAGCCACCGAAGUUAGAAGAAAUGCUUGAUGAGUCUGACACGAGGUACAAGAGGAUUCUGAAGCAUAAAGGUGGCAAGGAAGACGAUGACGAUCUCAAUCUGGAAGAGCGUUACUACAAGUACGGCGUGAAGCCGGAAUGGUUGAUUGUCCACCGAGUGAUCAACCAUCGAACUAUGCGCGAUGGCAGAACGCUGUAUUUAGUAAAGUGGCGUGAUUUGGCGUACGACCAGACGACCUGGGAGGAAGAGACUGAGGAUAUUCCCGGGUUGAAGCAGGCCGUUGAGUACUACAUGGAUUUGAGGAUGGCUUGCACUCAGGAUUCUUCGGUUAAGCGAAAGGGCAAGAAGGGUCGCAAGAGUAGGACAAAGGAGUUGGAAGAUGAAGAUAAAUUCAUCCCACGAAGAUAUACUCCGCCUCCGGAUAAGCCAAUUUCGGACCUCAAGAAGAAAUACGAUGUUCAGCCUCAGUAUAUUUCGGAUACGGGCAUGCAAUUGCAUUCGUAUCAGUUGGAGGGAAUUAAUUGGUUGAGAUACAGCUGGGGACAGGGUAUUGAUACCAUUUUGGCAGAUGAAAUGGGUCUGGGGAAGACCAUUCAGACAGCAACAUUUCUGUAUUCACUGUACAAGGAGGGCCACUGCAAAGGACCAUUCCUUGUGGCUGUUCCGUUGUCCACGAUUAUCAACUGGGAGCGAGAGUUUGAAUUGUGGGCUCCGGAUUUCUACUGCAUCACCUAUGUGGGAGAUAAGGAUUCCCGGGCAGUGAUUAGAGAGAAUGAACUUUCAUUUGAGGAGGGAGCUGUUAGAUCUGGACGUCCGUCGAAAUUCAAAGCAGCUAGCAUGAAAUUUAACGUUUUGCUCACGAGUUAUGAAUUGAUUUCAAUUGAUGCUGCUUGCUUGGGGAGUAUCGAUUGGGCUGUUCUGGUCGUCGAUGAAGCUCACAGGUUGAAGAGCAAUCAGAGUAAAUUCUUCAGAAUUCUGGCCAACUACAACAUUGCCUACAAACUUCUGCUGACUGGAACUCCGUUGCAGAAUAAUUUGGAAGAAUUGUUCCAUCUGCUGAACUUCCUGUCAAAGGACAAAUUCAACGAUUUGGCUGCUUUCCAGAGUGAAUUUGCCGAUGUUUCCAAGGAGGAACAGGUUAAGCGUCUGCAUGAGAUGCUAGGACCUCAUAUGUUGCGUCGUCUGAAGGCUGAUGUCCUGAAGAAUAUGCCAUCAAAGUCAGAAUUUAUUGUGCGAGUUGAAUUGUCGCCACUUCAAAAGAAAUACUACAAAUUUAUCCUUACGAGAAACUACGAAGCGUUGAAUUCAAAGAGCGGUGGCGGAGCUUGUUCCCUCCUCAAUGUCAUGAUGGAUUUGAAGAAGUGCUGCAAUCAUCCCUAUCUGUUUCCAUCGGCUGCCGAGGAAGCACCACUUGGACCUGGUGGUGGCUAUGAACUUACGAGUUUGAUGAAGGCUGCCGGAAAGCUCGUUCUUCUGUCGAAGAUGCUGAAGUUGCUGAAGGAACAGGGCCAUAGAGUGUUGAUUUUCUCCCAAAUGACCAAAAUGUUGGAUAUCCUGGAGGAUUAUCUCGAGGGAGAGGGGUACAAGUAUGAGAGAAUUGAUGGAUCAAUUACUGGUGCACUGCGUCAGGAGGCUAUUGAUCGUUUCAAUGCACCAGGAGCGGCACAAUUUGUAUUUUUGCUGUCAACACGAGCUGGUGGUUUGGGAAUUAAUCUUGCAACUGCAGAUACUGUUAUUAUUUAUGAUUCUGAUUGGAAUCCUCACAAUGAUAUUCAGGCAUUUUCACGUGCUCAUCGUAUUGGGCAGGCAAAUAAAGUGAUGAUCUAUCGAUUUGUCACGAGGAAUUCGGUGGAGGAACGUGUGACACAGGUGGCUAAGAGGAAGAUGAUGUUGACACAUUUGGUUGUGCGUCCGGGAAUGGGUGGAAAAGGUGCCAAUUUUACCAAACAAGAAUUGGAUGAUAUCUUGCGAUUUGGCACGGAGGAAUUGUUCAAGGAGGACGAAGGCAAGGAAGAAGAAGCUAUUCACUAUGAUGAUAAAGCUGUAGCUGAAUUAUUGGAUAGAUCAAAUCGGGGAAUUGAGGAGAAAGAAAGUUGGGCCAAUGAGUAUUUGUCAUCAUUCAAAGUGGCAUCGUAUGCGACAAAAGAGGAGAAUGAAGAAGAAGUUGAUACGGAAAUUAUUAAGCAAGAAGCUGAAAAUUCUGAUCCUGCGUACUGGGUGAAAUUGCUAAGGCAUCACUAUGAGCAACAUCAGGAAGAUUUGGGACGUACCCUUGGGAAGGGGAAACGUGUGAGGAAACAGGUAAAUUAUACAGAUGGUGGUGUUGUUGCGACAGAAUCCAGGGAAGAUACAAAUUGGCAGGAGAAUGUUUCGGACUACAAUUCGGACUUUUCAGCUGGAAGUGACGAAGACAAGGAAGAUGAUGAUUUUGAUGAGAAGAAUGAAAAUGCCGAUCUCAGUAGGCGGAGUAAGAGGCGUAUGGAACGCAAAGAGGACAGAGAUCGUCCACUGCCGCCUCUAUUGGCAAGAGUUGGAGGUAAUAUUGAAGUUUUGGGCUUCAAUGCGAGACAGAGAAAGAGUUUUCUCAAUGCUAUCAUGCGUUAUGGAAUGCCACCGCAGGAUGCAUUCAAUUCGCAAUGGCUCGUGCGGGAUUUGAGGGGAAAGAGUGAGAGGAAUUUCAAGGCGUACGUAUCACUGUUCAUGAGACAUCUGUGUGAACCUGGUACUGACAAUGCUGACACCUUUGCCGAUGGUGUUCCCAGGGAAGGUCUCAGUAGGCAACAUGUUCUCACGCGAAUUGGUGUUAUGAGUCUCAUAAGGAAGAAAGUUCAGGAGUUUGAGCACAUCAACGGAUACUACAGUAUGCCGGAAUUGAUAAGGAAACCCUGUGAACCGGUUAAGCCCAUUGUGAUCAAUGAUGGUGAAAAGAGUGCAACUACGAGUACAAGUGCAACACCGGCAACAUCAGCAGCUGCAAGUCCUAUUCCGCAGGGUGAUAAGGAUCAGGAGAAGGAAGACAAGGAGAAAGUGGAAAAGGACGAGGAGAAGGUGGAUGAUAAGAAAUCUGACACAAAGGAUGUCAAAGAGGAGACAAAAUCCCCCGAUGAUGCACAAGAGAAACCAUCAGAAAAGAAAGAAGAUUCAGCAGAAGAAUCCGAUGCGAAGGAAUCAAAAGACAUCAAAUCCGAAGAGUCCGUUAAGCAAGAAACCCCAGCAGAGAGUGCUGAAGAAACAGAGAAGUCCUCAGAGCCAGAAGUUAAAGCAACAGACGGGGUUAAGAGUGAGGUGCCGACAACAAAGAAGGAAGAAGAUGAUGAUGUUGUUGUGGUCAAGGAUGACUAUGAAAGUGAAAAGAAGGAUGAAAAAGAAUCAAAGAUUGAUGAGAAUCUCGAGGUGCACAAGAGAAAUUUCAUGUUUAACAUUGCCGAUGGUGGUUUCACCGAACUCCAUACACUCUGGCUCAAUGAGGAGAAGGCAGCUGUGCCAGGGCGUGAAUAUGAAAUCUGGCACAGACGUCACGAUUACUGGCUAUUGGCAGGAAUUGUGACACAUGGAUAUGGACGAUGGCAAGAUAUUCAGAAUGACAUUCGAUUUGCCAUUAUCAAUGAACCCUUCAAGAUGGACGUUGGAAAGGGUAAUUUUCUGGAGAUUAAAAAUAAAUUUCUAGCUAGGCGUUUUAAAUUGCUGGAACAGGCAUUGGUGAUUGAGGAACAACUACGUCGUGCUGCCUAUCUCAAUCUGACGCAGGAUCCAAAUCAUCCAGCUAUGUCACUCAAUGCACGCUUUGCGGAAGUUGAGUGUCUGGCUGAGAGUCAUCAGCAUCUCAGUAAGGAAUCCCUGGCGGGCAAUAAACCGGCCAAUGCGGUGCUACAUAAGGUGCUCAAUCAGCUGGAGGAACUCCUGUCAGAUAUGAAGAGUGAUGUAUCACGCCUUCCGGCUACACUGGCUAGAAUUCCACCGGUGGCCCAGCGUUUGCAAAUGUCUGAGCGUUCUAUACUCUCCCGUCUGGCUGCUACUGCAGGCAAUGUACCCAAUGCAGCACAAAAUAUGCCCCAGUUCCCAACUGGAUUUCAAGGAGCAGCAUUGACGUCAUUUGGCGGUCCAGGAAGCAACUUUGGUAACUUCAGACCACAGUUUUCCGUUCCCGGACAACCAACAACGGGAUUCCCCACAUCUCAGUAAAACACAAAUCAUUGAAUUUUAAAAUCUUCUCAAUGCUGUGUAGCGUGUCUUUUUCUGAGAAAUAACAAAAGCUGUUCAGCAUGGAAAAGACGUUAUCUUUGCGUUAACGCUGCACUGUGAGAGAUAUUUGUGUUUCGAUUCAGGAGAUGGAUAAAUCAGCAUACAUUUAGCAAAUAUAUUUCUCACAUCUAUAUUUAAAGUCUCUCCAACACAAGAUUUCUUAAGGGGUUCAAUCCAUAUAAUAUUUUUUUUUUAAGUUUUAGGAUAGUUAUAAUAAAAUUGAAUGGUAUAAUUUUCGUAAAAAAAAAAGAAACAAACAAAAUAUUGUAGAUUUUUGAGUUAAUUAAUUGAUUUUAGAAUAACUUUUGACUUUUACUUUCUUGGUAAAUUAUUAGUUCUUCUUUUCUGUUGACAGGGCUUAUCUAUUAAAAAAAAUGUCUCCUCAGUAUUUUCCAUUUGGGAAAUGUCAGUUUUUUUUGUUUUGUGUCUCAAGAGAUUUUUUUUUCAUUUUAUUUUUAUUUGUUUGCAUAAAUUAGAUUAAAAAGAAAACUUAAACAAUUAAGGAAUUUUAAAUUUACCAACAUUCCCCAAAAUAGCGAGUGAAUAAAAGAAAAAAACAAUGGAAUAAAAAAGCAGAAGAUGAAAUGCAGAAUAAAUAUUCAA